CAAAUCCCCCCAUUGUUCCCAGUGGAGCUGAAUCAGGGGACACAGCAGCCUAUAAUCUGCUAUAAAAACCCAUUGAGGGGGAAAGGGGAGAGAAUAGGAGAAGGAAAGCAGCCUUUUGGGGCUCUGGUCCUCCCUUUGCACAACAGUGGUGCGACCAUGGCCCAGCACAGCGGGAAGUACGCAGGUCUCUGGAAGAUGGUGGUCUGGGAGGAACCCUCCUUUGAAGGGCGAAAGCAUGAGUUCACCUCCGAAUGCUAUGAUGUCGCCGACUGCGGGUUCCUCAAUGUGGGGUCAGCUCGAGUGGAGAGUGGGACGUGGGUGGGCUUUGACCAUGCGGGCCUCCAGGGGCAGCAGUUCGUGAUGGAACCGGGGGACUACCCCUCCUGGGAAGCCUGGAGUGGGAGCCAUGCCUACAGGGCCCCUCGAUUGGCCUCUUUCCGACCCCUCCCCUCCGCAAACCUUCGAGAGAGCAAGGUGAUUCUCUAUGAGCAGGAGAACUUCCUUGGCCGGAAGGGAGAGCUGAGCCAGGACUGCCCCUCCCUCCAGGCCCUGGGGUGGAACAGCAAUGCCAUUGGAUCCGUGGCCGUCCAAUCAGGAGCUUGGGUCUGCUCCCAGUUCCCCGGAUACAAGGGGUCCCAGUUUGUGCUGGAGAGCGACUGCCACAGAGGCGAAUACAAGCAUUUCAGGGAACUGGGCGCGCAUGCACAGAGCUUCCAAGUCCAGUCCAUUCGGAGGAUACAGCAUUGAUAGCCCCGUCCCAAAAUAUACAGUAAACCUUUGACAAAGUGCAGUCCAGAAGGAGGCGGAAGAGACAAUCAUAGGCCAUAAGGAGGCAGCCAACAUCAACAUACUAACCACGCCCCAAAUAUACAAAUAAGGUAUAUGGAAAUUAGGGAGUUGUCCUGGACAUUCUACUACAUACAAUCAUCCUUGCAAUAAUAAUGGCGUCAAACUGUGUUUAUGAUGAUGAUGAUCUGUUACUUAUGAAGGAUAACGGGCCUUUGGGAUACUACAAAUCCUGGAAUUCCAUAGCAUUCAGCCUUAAUAAAUAUAUUUAUAUGUCUCUA